CCACCCCCAGCAGCACCCCCCGCCCCCGCAGCGCCACAAGGGCACCCUCCAUCCGGGCCAGAUAGUGGAUGUGGGCCAGUGCCACGUCAGGAUAGAGCGCUAUCUCUCAGAGGGCGGGUACGCACACGUCUACCUCACCACCUCGGACACGCCCAUCUACCCCCCCGGCAGGAGCGCCGAGAAGAAGGGACGAUGGGGCGACAAGGGCUACACCCAGCACUGUCUCAAGAGAAUAGCAUUCCAAGACGACUCGGUCUGGGUGGACGUGAAGAAGGAGAUCGAGGUCAUGAAAUCACUCCCGCCGAAUUCCCAUCUGGUGCAGUAUCUUGGCUCGUCGCAUACACGUUCUCCUGCAGGACAGCAUGAAGUGUUUAUCCUCAUGGAGUUUUGCGCUGGCGGCGGUAUCAUCGAUCUUCUCAACAAGCGACUGCGGGACAGGUUAAAAGAAAUUGAGAUUCUCAAUAUCUUCACUGAUGUCUGCGAAGCUGUCGCUGCCAUGCACUCACUCAAACAACCUCUCUUGCAUCGGGAUCUCAAGAUUGAAAAUGUCCUUUCCCAACCCAUCAAUAUCCCGCCAACCCCUCAGCGACCCACCUCACUCAUCUUUAAACUAUGCGACUUUGGCUCUACAACUUUCCCAGCCGACAGGCCGCCCCAAACAAAGCUUGAAGCUGACGCGCUUGCUAUGGACCUGAACCGGCAUACAACCUUGCAAUACAGGAGUCCAGAGAUGGUGGAGCCAAUGUUGGGUCUUCCUGUCGGACUUCCGAGCGAUGUCUGGGCCCUCGGCUGUUUGCUGUACAAGCUUUGCUACUACACAACUCCCUUCGAGGAGCACGGACCGUUGGCAAUCGUGAACGCCAAGUAUACUUUCCCGCCUAUGCCGCAGUACUCUCCCCGACUUCAGCAUCUCAUCGCCUCCAUGCUAGUAGAGCAGCCUGCCCGGCGGCCCACAGUUUUUGAAGUCCUGCGCGUCGCACAUGAAAUGAGCGGCACGCGACCAGAAGUUGAUUAUCCUAUAACGUUAAAGUCGCUACCCAUUCCCGCCCAGCCUCGUCCCACUAAACCUCAGUCACAUUCUUCCAAUAACCUCCUGGAUUUUACAGGUUCUCCAUCGUCCAUGGGCAAAUCACCGUCAUUACAGCCAUCACUGGCCUCCACUGUGCAGCCGCAGAGAAGAGGACGACCUACGCGAGAUACUGCCAGGGAGAGCCCUAGACCAACAGCAGUACAAACCCAGCAGGCGCGAUGGCAGCAAUCUCCGGUGCAACAAGCCCAGCAAAAGCCUCAAAUGACGUCCGGUUCGGCAAAUGUCAGAGCACCGUCGAGACUGCAUAUCACGGGAGAGAGCGCCUCGCUGUCUUCCGGAAGCGCGCCGUUGUCCACCACAUCGCCACCUCCAGUUGAUGCUUUUGGAAUGCCUAUAGUGUCUUCUACGCAGCCGACCGCUACAGGCUUUGGUGAUUCGUUUGGCGCUGGCGCCUCUCUAGUCAGGCCAACUGGGACCACAGGAUCUAGUCAACAAAGUCAGAGCCGAUACGGUUCCAACUUUAUCAAGCGUCCUACCGGUUUUGGCGAUUCCUUCGGGUCCGGUAUCACCCGCACUCCAUCCAUUUCUUCUCGAUCAUCCGCCCCAGUCAAGCGUGUCCCGUCAGGUGCGACGACGGUGAUCUCAAAGCAACAUUCUCCAGCAGUAUCGCACAAAUCGCCCGAGCCUCCAUCCGCCGGCGUAGUACCCGAAGGAGACCUUUCUUUCGAGAGCCGUUUCCCUUCCAUCGAGACUCUCAACAGUGAAGCCACCCUUAGCCCACCCGAAAAGCUCAUUUCACCCGUCGUCUCGCCUCCUUCCUCCUCCGACAACGCCAACACGACGCCUGGCAGUACCACCACCGCCCGCGGUGCGGCCUCUUAUUUCGGCGCACUUCGUCCUCGGCCUUUGGUCAACAGCAGGCCGUCCAUGUCUCGUAAUCUCACUGGCGGCCAUACGAGGGUUCCCGAUGAAGAUGGCCAGACCAUGCAGGGAGAAGCCGAGAAGCAUGGACAUGUCCAUGUCCAGCCGAGGUCGACCCAGGUGACAGGUACGGCAUUUAGGGGUCAAGUAUCCGGCCUGGCGCCCAAUUUGGCUCAAGGGGGGGGGAGAGAAGGUAGAGGCUACUACCACGGUGAAGAAGAAGAUGCGGAACGCGAGCGACGAGAAGAAAUGAUGAAGAGGGGAAAUGGAGAACAAGGGGAAAAGUGGAAUGUGUCUGAGAAGAAGAUUGAUAAAAAGACGAUUACGACGCCUGAAGAUCUCAUGGGCAGCGAAGAGACGGGUUCGCUGCGAAUUCCCAGCAUCGUCCCCGUCCGGUCGAUUUCCCCAGCGUCUGCAACCAGCGCCGCCAUGUCCGCCACAAGCGCAAUGAACAGAGGACCGCCCCCUCUUGAUAUUGACGCGGCCAAGACUGGCGGCGGCACCAACAUCUUGUCGGACAACUGGUCGCCGCUUGCGGAAAUGAGGAAGAGAGAUGUGGCCGAGAGGGCGGAAGCAGCGGUACGGAAGAAGGAAGCAGAGGCUGAAAGGGCACAGUUGGAGAGACAAAACGCGGCCGACCAGCCGCCAUUUAUUGACGAUGGAAAGCUGAAAUCGCCAAAAUCGGCGGCAUCUACUGUCCAGCCUACAGUCGCCCCCAGUGAAGCUGUCUCGCCCGAACCUAUAAAGUCGACGACUCUACCCGCCCCCACCUCUCGGCUGGAACCAUCCACCGGGCAAGUCUCCCAGCGCAUCCCUUCACGCGAACGAGCCCGCCCACAAUCAAUGUUCCUUCCCAGCACCUCAUCCAAUUCAGUACCCUCCCGAAGCUCAUUGCUGUCUCCCCCGCUGCGUAGCGAGCCUUCCUCUUUACUUCCUUCUUCUCAAUCCCCGCCCAAAACAUCCAUCUCGUCCCCUUCACGACCUAGCCAAGGACACCAGAAAAAGGAUUCGAUCAAUGGAAUGGUUUCCAAAUACGAAUCUAUAAGCAUUGGUAAACCGGGCGAGGAUACGAACAAGAGGUCUGUUCGUCAACAUGUGCCUAAACCCAGUGAGGGUACGAACGCUUUAGCAAGUAAACCUUUUGUGGCCAGCAAACCUGUAGGUUUGCGAAAACCCAGUGCCGACUUGGACAACUCUGCGCCUGUCAAUACGACUACUGCUCGGAAUGAGCCGGCCAAUCCGACAAAACCUAGAGUCGCAUCCAAACCAAGCACCUUUAGGCAAGAUCCAGGAGUGGGCGUUGGUUAUAUUCGACCAGGUAUGUCGGCCAAUCCGUCCGUCAGACCGAACCCCGUCGUGUCCACAUCGUUCAACAGCAGCAAUCCAGACCAUCGAGGAAAGGAGGAUGAGGUGGUUGAAAAGGACAGUCUGAAGAGCGCUGUCGGAUCAUCUCCUGAGAAGCAGCAGCCUGUCAACCUUCUCAUUCAAAGAUGGAACAAGGGGGAGGUUAAUAAUGCGUCAGGAAAUGCUGCUGCGAAAUUUAAAAAGGGCGGAUAUAUCUAAAGACGUUUUUUUUUUGAAUUCUUUCUUGGCCGUUGAUAUGUGCUGGGUGAUUGUAACUUUCAAGGCGUGUUUGACGUUUGACGUUAUAUAGGAGGGGGCACGUACUGUGUAUGCACUUUACA